UACCCUUGACCGGAAAGCCCAUGUCUGCCGCCAAAGGAAGAGAGAAUAUGGUUGUAUUUGAUGCCGGGCAUCUGGGUCUGGGUCUCUGUCUAUCCCUUCACACUCUCUAUUAGAUAAUCAGAACCUCCGUCCACCGCCACACACCGCCUUAUCUAUACCCCGGACGUAUUUUAUACGCCACUUUCACAUUCCUCAAGCUCUCUAUUUCAUUCCUCUAAACGCAAUCAAUCAAGAAAAGAAAAAAAAAUCGAAGAACAAUGUUUAGGCAGUUAUCGAACAGAGUUCUAGGGCUGGGCUCCCAGCGAAUUGCGGCGGAAAGGGCGGUGGGUUUGCCGCGGCUCUACCACGAGAGGGUGGUGGACUACUACAACAACCCCCGCAACGUUGGCUCCUUCGACAAGAAUGACCCGACGGUCGGCACGGGGUUGGUCGGCGCCCCGGCCUGCGGCGACGUGAUGAAGCUCCAGAUUAAGGUCGAUGAUGAGACUGGAAAGAUCGUCGAUGCUUGUUUCAAGACCUUCGGAUGUGGCUCUGCUAUCGCUUCCUCAUCUGUUGCAACAGAGUGGGUGAAGGGAAAGCAAAUGGAGGAAGUGCUAUCCAUCAAGAAUACGGAAAUUGCAAAACAUCUCUCUCUCCCUCCCGUUAAACUCCACUGUAGCAUGCUCGCUGAGGAUGCAAUAAAGGCUGCCGUAAAGGAUUAUGAGGCAAAACGUGCAAGCACAUUGCCAAGUGAUGCGACUACUGCUUGAUAGAGAUCGAGUUCAAUCGAGACCAUGAUCUCUGAACAAUAUAACCAACAAUUAUGUUGAUAGUGAGUCUGAAUAAAGCACUAUAUUAUAUGCAUGUAUAUAGGCUUUCCAUCUGAAAUAAGCACAAUAUAUAUAUAUAUAUAUAUAUAGUUGUGUGAACCAUCAGUUACCUGUGUCAUUUACAAUCCCUUGUAUUGUUGUAUGUUAGAUCCUGGGGUUGUACUGCUACCUUUAAAAAUAUUUACAGUUUAUAUAUAUAGCUUGUUUGUUACACUCCAAA